CCACGUGAUGCAUCAGCUGAUACGCGGGAACUAGGUCAAAAGUUCACCCUCUCGACGUCUCCCCCCACGCCAAAACCAGCUGAUUCUGGUCCGUUAGGUAAAUUUGAGACUUGGUCCACGUUUCUCCUCGUAGUUGCCACGCCGUACAGACAUGUCUGACAUUCCUGAGCCCAUCAAGAACCCAGAGAUACACUCUACUAAGAUUUUCAUCAACAAUGAAUAUCACGAUUCGGUGAGCGGGAAAACUUUUCCCGUCUACAACCCGGCCACCGAGGAGAAAAUUGCUGAUGUGCAGGAGGGGGACAAGGCAGAUGUGGACAAGGCUGUUGCCGCUGCCCGGGCGGCCUUCAAGCUGGGCUCCCCCUGGCGGACCAUGGAUGCAUCGCAGCGCGGCAGGCUCAUGCACAAGCUGGCAGACCUGAUCGAGAGGGACAGGGUGUACCUGGCAAGUUUGGAGGUUGUGGACAAUGGGAAGCCGUUUGCUGACGCCUACGACGCUGACCUUGGAGAGGUCAUCAAUGUCAUCAGGUACUACGCUGGAUGGUGCGACAAGAUCUGUGGCAAGACAAUCCCAGCUGAUGGGCCGAUGUUCUGCUACACCAGACAUGAGCCUGUGGGUGUGUGUGGGCAGAUCAUCCCUUGGAACUACCCCCUGUCCAUGUUUACGUGGAAGAUCGGCCCUGCGCUGGCCUGUGGGAACACCAUCGUGAUGAAGCCGGCAGAACAGACUCCUCUCUCAGCCCUGUACAUGGGAAAACUCUUCAUCGAGGCUGGUUUCCCCCCAGGUGUGAUGAACGUUGUCCCCGGUUACGGCCCCACGGCUGGAGCCGCCAUCGCUGAACACAUGGAUGUGGAUAAGGUCGCCUUCACUGGGUCUACUGAGGUGGGCAGGAUUGUGCAGCAAGCCGCAGGAAAGAGCAACUUGAAGCGAGUCACCCUGGAACUCGGCGGCAAGAGUCCAGUCAUCGUGUUUGCUGACUCUGACAUUGACUUUGCGGUGGAUAACUGCCACCACGCCCUUUUCUGGAACAUGGGGCAGAACUGUUGCGCUGGGUCCCGCACGUUCGUGGAGGAGUCCAUCUACGACGAGUUCGUCAAGAGGAGCAUCGAGCGGGCGAAGAACCGAAAAGUCGGGGACGGCUUCCAGUCAGGUGUGGAGCAGGGCCCACAGGUGAACCAGGAGCAGUUUGAGAAGAUCCUGGGCCUGAUCGAGAGUGGGAAGCAGGAAGGGGCCAAGCUGGGGUGUGGGGGGAACCGCAAGGGCGAGAAGGGGUACUUCGUGGAGCCCACCGUGUUCUACGAUGUCAAGGAUGAGAUGAAGAUUGCUCAGGAGGAGAUCUUUGGACCAGUCCAGAGCAUCAUCAAGUUCAAGUCGAUAGAGGAGGCGAUUGACCGAGCCAACAACACGACCUACGGGCUGGCGGCCGGUGUGUUCACUAAGGACAUAGACAAGGCCCUGACCAUCGCCAACAGUGUGCAGGCAGGAUCUGUCUGGGUGAACUGCUAUGACCCUGGUCUGAUCCAGGCUCCAUUUGGAGGGUUCAAGAUGUCGGGCAACGGCCGAGAACUGGGUGAAUAUGCCCUGCACGAAUACACGGAGGUUAAAACAGUCACCAUCAAGCUUCCCCAAAAAGCUUGAGGCACAAGAGGAAGUGGACAACCUCACAGCUUCAUAUUGUUUAGACACUAAUUUUUGGUUACACCUCUGUGUCCCAACAACUCAGUCUGUGUUUUGACAACCCUAAGGCCACACCAAUUUUAUUUCUUGGUUAACGGAUUUUUCUAGGAAAAUAGUGGAGCGGGCGGGCGACAAAAAAAAAUAAAAAUAAAAACAGGCCUAGCUAGGCAUCCUAUUAUGGCCCAAAAUGGUACGAUAGGAGCUCUGAAGUCAACACACC